AUGUGGCUCGAUGUGGCCUGGGAUGGCAGUCUACCGUCCCGGCGAGCUUUUCGCCCAGAUCUUGCCUCAGCGGUGGUUGAUAGGCGCGGGAAGGUAAAGACAUGGAGCGCAGCGCUGCACUUGCUUCGGGAAGCGUCUCGAGCGCGUGCGAAAAUCAGCGCGGGCCAGUACGUGGCGACUGUCAGCGCGUGCGGACGAGGGAAGCAUUGGGAGUUGGCGCUGUCGCUCUUCAGCGAAAUGCGUGCAACAAAGGUGGAGUCCAACGUCAUCUCUCUCAUCUACAGCGCUGGAAUGAGCGCGUGCGAGAAAGGCGAGCAGUGGCAGCAGGCUUUGCGAUUGUUAUGUGAGAUGUGGGAUGCGAGGGUUGAGCCCGACGUGAUCUGUAUUACAAUUCCGGUGGCUGCGGGCUCUGGGGCUGCUGAGCGAGAUGUGCGAGGCGAGUCUGGAGCGACACGUCAUCCCUACAGCGCUGCGAUUAGCGCGUGCGAGAAGGGCGAGCAGUGGCAGCGGGCCCUGUCGCUGCUUACCGAAAUGUGGUCGGCGAAGCUGAAGCCCAACGUCAUCAGCUACAACGCUGUCAUAAGCGCAUGCGGAAACGGCGAGCAGUGGCAACGUGCCGUAACUCUGUUAAAUGAGAUGACAGCGGCGACGUUGGCGGCCGACGUUGUUAGCUACAGUGCCGGGAUUACCGCGUGCGAAAAGGGCAAGCAGUGGCAGCGAGCUCUUGCGCUACUGAGCGAGAUGUGGGAGGCGAAAGUGGAGCCAGGCGUCACCUAUCUUCAGCUACAACGCUGCGAUCAGCGCAUGCGAGAAAAGCGAGCAGUGGCAGCAGGCUUUGAUGCUGCUCGACGAGAUGUGGGAGGCGAAUGUGCUCCCCAAUGCUAUCAGCUACAACGCUGGGAUCAGCGCGUGCGAGACUCAGUGGCAGCAGGCUUUGUCGCUGCUCGGCGUGAUGAGGGAGGCGAAGGUGGUACCCGACUCAGCUACAGCGCUGCGAUCAGCGGGAGCGAGAAAGGCGAGCAGUGGCAGCGGGCGCUAGCACUGCUGGGCGAGAUGCGGGAGGCGAAGCUGGAGCCCGACGCCAUCAGCUACAGCGCUGGGGCCAUCGCUUGCGACAAGGGCGGGCAGUGGCAACAAGCGUUGAGCAUGCUCAAGACCAUGCGUUCGAGAAAGGUUGAUGUUGAUUUUUGUACCUACGGCACUGCAGCCACCAUGUGCGAGCAAGGGGGGCGAUGGAUCCAAGUGCUGUCGUUACUCGCGGAGAUGCGUUGCCGAUUGUUCGGACAAGCUGUGCGUUCCAGUUGUAUCGCUGCACCCAGCGCAUGCGACAUGGGCGAGCAAUGGUAG